AUGUCGCUACUGGUGGACCCCGACCACCUCAUACAUUCGCUGAGACUGGCCUACCUGAAGCGAAUCGACGAUCACUACGGAACGAGGAUCAUCACCUUCCCAUCGGUCGCGACCAAUCAGCAAGAUGGGACUUUGGCAACCGCGAGCCAAAGAGAUGCGGUACCCUCACUGACCACAUCAGCAUCUUCGACAUCAUUGUUCGGGCCCUCGUCCACCUCUGCUACGAGAGAGGACCCCUCGAGUCGUGCUGCAGCCUCAAUGUCGCACUACAGCCCUUUCAGCACAGAUUCGCAUGUGGUCGUCGCAGGGUUGACCGACCCUUCGCGUCACCCAGAGCUUGCAACUGUGUACUCGCCAGUCCCGACAGUAGGAGAGCUUGGCCCGUUUGGAGGCUUCGCGCACAAGAAUGCAAGGAACAACUCAUCAGACGCUGGCGCGCUUGAAGACAAGUCUGGUGCUUUCCAUGAUGGACACAAAACAAGCAAUCUAUCUUAUACCCAGACCAUCUACGGCGCAGGGCGAAGCGGUGCUCUAGGGAUGCGAGUCAAUGGUCGUAGAGCAAGCAAACGCGUCAGCAUCAGUACUGCCAACUCGCCCGCGCCACCAAUGGACGAAAAGGAAGCUGUUGAGGAAGACGCCAACCGGACUUUGCAGGCGGCGGACUCUACGGCCUCUGCUACAACCGUUCCAGGAAGCGCAGAAGAGUCGUCAACAGGUCUGCCUCGUCCGGGCCCAACUCUCUCGUGUUCUCCUCGGGAUGCAAACGAAGAGCAUGACACCUUGUCAGCAAUCGAGAAGGAAGACGGGCGAGGGCUUGUCAUGGGCAAGCGGGUCAACUUCGCUGAGCCAGACGACCGUGCUGAACUCGGCAACUACAGAUCAUCUCUCGAGACGGCAGCGCUAUCAGAAGCACAGUCCAUCUCACCACAACCAUCAGCCCAGGCAACUGGUCGACAUGGGUCCAUCUAUGCCGAAAGCUCAACGGAGUCCAACAAUGCACUCUCCAGUCUUGACUCAGUUGGCUCUCUGCAGGAUGGCAGUCUGGGCUUGACAACGAUCAAUGCAGCGAUUACUGGUGGGCCGCACUCGCCACACUCGUCAGCAAGUCAAAGCAUGGACCCCGCGCUCACCGCUCGAUCCUCUCCAGUGCUUUCGCGACCGACUGUUCCGACGCUUGCAAAUGAGUCUCCGAUGCCAGCGCCGCCCAAGAUGAUCAUCUCGGGCAGCGAUGAUGACAGCGUCUCCAACAAACAAACAUGUGUACACAGCAGAUCCAAGCGUCGUAACAGCCGUAGGAUGAACCAACCACAUAGUUCACGAGUCACAGCUCAGUCAGACUACUUUGCGUCGAUCAAGGCAAGCCGUGCCCAGGUAGAAGCGCAGCACGCAAAUCGCCCCAAGGGGUCUAUACUCAGCUCAAUGCUGCAGAAGCAGGAUUUCGGGCCCGAGAAUCCGUUCGCUGCCUUCUACGCUAGCAUCGCUGGUCGAGCAGCCACGGUGCCGAGCAUGACGGUGGACAUUUACUUCCCAUGGGCCGACAGCCGACGGGUAUCGCCAUCGUCACCUCCAUCAAGUGGUGCUGUAUCCGUUCAUCCAAAGACCAAAUCGAUGAAGCUCAACAUCCGCAAGGAUGCUACAAUGGAGGAAGUCAUCGGCUACGGUCUCUACUGCUAUGUCGAAGAGAAAUGGAAGCCAGAGCUUGACCCAGCAGAUUCAUCACGCUCGGAAACAGAACGGGAAGCCAGGACUACAACGAUAGGCUGGACGCUGAUGAUCGUGGAGGAUGGCGAAGUGGACGACGACUUCCCUGCCAUUGAUCAGACACUGCAACUCGGCAAGUUUGGUGGAGAUGAAUUUGCUAUCUGCGAAGCAUCGCCGAAUCAGAUUCGACAGCAUAGAGACGCAUAUGCCAAUAUUGCGAGACGCACCGUCCGCGCACCGACAGUGAACAAGACGGCAGCAAAGGGUGGAGCUGGUGCGGGAGAGUCGGUGGCUGUUGGCACCAGUGCGUUGGAUGCAGGUCAGAGCACACUUGGUCCAGGAGCAAAAAGUGGCGGAGCCGCCAUCUCGGGCAACCCUGCACUUACAAGCCGGCUUGGAGCUCCUGGCACAGGUACGCAGGGCCCAGCUGGAUCUGUGAACAACAUCCAAGGAACACCCAUCUUUGCCUCCGGCGCAUUGUCUCGUAAUGCACUCGGCUCUUCAUCACAGUCGAUCUUCUUGCGAGUGCUUGUAACGCCGAACCCAGAGGUGCGAUACAAGACAACACUGCAAGUGCCAUCAGAUAUGUAUCUAGCCGACGUGCUCGAGAUGAUCUGUCGAAAGCGUCAUCUAUCCAAUGUCGAUGAAUGGGCGCUGAUCGUUCCGGACAAGAGCAUCGUUGUACCCCUGGACAGAACAGUCGAGUCUUUGCAAGGCAACCACGAUCUUGCCCUCGUGCGAAGAUCGAGUCUCGGUGCAUUGGGAGGUGCGGGUGCUCUGAGCAGCUCCUCGACCAACCCGCAUGCUUCCAUCUUCAAACGAUACUCGGCCGCCUCGGAUAGGAACGCUCCAUCGGGCCAGCCGAAGUACACCAAGGCGCUCGACAUUGCUGCGGCAUACAAGAGCUACACGGUGUAUCGAAAAUCGCCCAUGUUUGGUGGCCGACACAACGAACGGAGUCUCACUUUGGACGGUGACUGGCUGCACAUUAUGCCCACGGACAUGAAGACGUUCGGUAAGGCGGCGUCGUUCCACGUGUCUAGCGUGGUGGCAUGCAAGCUUUCAAGCAAGCUGGCUAGCGGAUUCAAGCUGGUGGUUUGGAGAGAAAGUCCGCGAGACACCAAGAGGUAUGACUUUGAAGCCGACUCUGCUAGGAUAGCGGCAGAGAUUGUGCGCGAAAUCAAUUUGCUUCGCAGUCAGAAUUCGUAG